AUGGCGUUCAACUUCAACUGGUCGCCGUUGAUGGCGGACGCGGGCUUCUACACCCGCGCCCAAGACCUGCUGACAGCCGCGCUCAAUAAGUCGCCCAAACCCCCGAUCAUCGUCGACGACAUCAUCGUCACCGAGCUGAAUCUCGGCUCCAUACCACCAGAGCUGGAGAUCCUGGAAAUCGGCGACAUCGCCGAGGAUCGCUUUCGCGGCAUCUUUAAGAUGUCUUACUCUGGCGAUGCCUACCUGACGUUGAAGACUCGAGUGCAGGCGAAUCCGCUCAACACCUUCCUCCUCACACGACCCGCCUUUGCCUCGCCGCUACCUCUUGCUGCUGCCACCCCACUCACCAUCCCUCUACAAAUCACCCUUUCCGACUUCAAGCUCUCCGGUUUCGUUAUAUUGGUCUUCUCGAAACAAAAAGGCAUUACAGUGGUGUUUCGCAAUGAUCCCCUGGAAUCGCUCAAGGUGUCAUCGACGUUCGAUUCGAUCCCGUUCGUUCGCGACUUCUUGCAGAAAGAAAUCGAAGCCCAACUCCGGAUUUUGUUCAUGGACGAGCUCCCCGCCAUCAUCCACCGACUGUCGUUGCGACUAUGGGAUCCCGAAUACCGCGCUGGGGAAGUGUCAGAGAACCAAGCAGAGAACACGGAAAACUCGACCAGCGAAGGCCCCGGGCAAGACCCUUUGGCCAGCCCGCCCCAGGAUCCCGUAGAUGCUCUGGGUAAUGCGCUGAACGAGUCCGAGAUUGCUUCGCUUUCGCUGGACUCCUCGGUGGAGACCCAUUCCCUGUUCUCGCAGAAGAAUCUGCUCCGCCUAGCCGCCCUGACGGACUCUCAACGAACCUUGUCUCUGUUCACUCCGUCCAUCCAGGAAGUGGUGUACCGAGCGUGGACAUCUCCAACAGAACCCAACGAACUGGCUGCAAGUGUCAUCUCUCCUCUCAGCCCGCCGCUUUCGCGGACACAUUCGCAGAUCGGCAGCAUGUCGUCCUCGGUCCACGAAACCGCUAGCACGGUCUCUAUGCAAAGCCGCCCAUCCAUCGGAGGUCAUUCCUUCAGCAGUUACGGGUUGAGUCUGGGCUCUGGACGUCACUCGAAAGCCCAUUCCCGCAGAAGAAAGAAGCGCGUGGUGGAUCUGCGUGCUCGUCCGAAGACGACGGAUGACGCCUUGAGUGUGAGCGACGACAGUACCAUGACGGAAUCCAUUAGCGCCCAGUCUAUCUACUCUGCGCCUCUUCCCAUUGUCAACGAGCAAUCGGAUGACCCGGUGACACCGCCGCUAUCUCCGGAGACGGACUCCCACCUGCUUUCGGUCCCCGAAGGGCACCGCAUGAGUCUCUCGCGGCCAUCUCGUCGCCGCAGCUCGCUGAAUCUCGAGAAUGCCGACCUAUCCUACUCCGUUGAGACCAUUCGUGGACCCAAGGCAGUAGAUGUGGACGCCACGCCGCGCGCCACCAUGCGCUAUCCCAAUGAGAAGGCCGAGGCCGGUCCAUCGUCCGGUUCAUCUCGGCCACCGUUGCCUUCUAAGAUCCUUCCGUUCACCAAGAACGAACGCGCGGCUGACCAUACCGUCGACCCUGUGCUGGUCGAACACCUUGCCGGCGAGAUUGCUCGCCGCAUGCGCGAAGAGAAGUUGGUGGCCACCAACUCAGGUAACAACUUCUGGGACCGCCACCACGAGGAAUCCCCUCCACCAGCUUAUGGCCAUUAA